AUGAUAGCUUCUCCAAUGUCCAUUGUAAAAUAUCUGUGCCUGUCCAGCUUAAUAGCAUACUGUGUAUGUGAAGCCGUUGCAGAAGUAGACCCCAACAAAGAUAAAAAGGUCAUAGACGAAAACCUCGAGCCAAUUUUCGAAGACAGUCAACCAGAAUUUGGAUCAUUUCCUGAUUCUCCUGUAUCCACACCACCAGACAGUGACUCAGAAAGUGCAUUUUCCAAUGUAACCAUUGAAAACAAUACAAAUUCAACUGAUUCAAACUCUUCUUCAAUAAAGCUUCUUAAUUGCAUAAGAGGCGGGAACAUUACAACAGUACAAUUAGUUAAUGAUAUUGAACUUAUAAAGUUACUCCUUCCAGACCCAAAGAUUUCUUCAGAAAAACAGGCUGUUGGCCAAUGUAUCGCAGUAUUGUUUUAUUCAAAAAAUUGUCCUUUUUCUAGUAUGGCAGCUCCACACUUUAAUGCCUUGCCCAGAGCAUUUCCUGAGAUUAAAAUGGUUGCUAUUAAUGCUAUGCAAUAUCAUUUAUUCAACCCACAAAACGGCAUUGUUGGAGUUCCAACAUUAUUACUUUUCCAUAAUGGAAGACCUUUAGUAAGAUACAAUGGAUCAGAAUAUAAUUUAGAAGCUUUCAUCAAGUUCAUCAACAAACAUACUAAUAUUGAACCUGUAGAAGGCUCUGUGGUAACUUCACAAGAUUUCGCUGGUCCUGUAGUUAGUUCUCCUUCAAAAGAUCCAGACAUGUUUCUUGUAAUUUCCUGGUUGUUUAUACUUGUAUGUUCUUGUUAUUAUUUUUCAAAAUCCAGAGUUUGGAAAUGGAUUGUGGAAAGUGUUGAAAAGAAUUGGAGGGAAUCUGAACAACAAGCUCAACACGAACAUAUGGAAUAG